AUGGCUACUGUUCCUGCCGACUCGUUUCAGCAGGCCGUCGCUGCUCUGAACGCUCUCUACACCUCACCCAGCAGCAGCGAUAAGAAGGAAGCCAAUCUCUGGCUCGAGGACUUUCAGGCAAAGCCCGAGGCAUGGCAGACAGCUGUUAUCAUGCUUACCAAUACAACAGUCGGCAAGGAGGCACAAGUUUUUGGAGCGCAAACCAUGCGACGCAAGAUUGUGGAAGACUUUCAGGAUCUUGAUGCGGCGCAUAGAGCAUCGCUUCGGGACUCGCUCCUGAACCUGUCGAUGCAGCAUAAAACCUCGCCAAAGAUCAUCAGGACCCAGCUGUGCCUCUCCCUCGCAGCACUGUCCCUGAGAAUGCUGGAAUGGGAGCAGCCAGUCAACCAUAUGAUCAGUAUUUAUGGAUCCUCGACCACAGACGUUUCAUACCUCCUGGAGUAUCUGACGGUCUUACCGGAAGAAGUCAACGAUAGUCGAUGCCCGAGCUUGACGGAUGACGAAUAUAGAACUCGCUCAGACGAACUGUUGACACAGAACGCGAACCAGAUCCUCAAGAUGUUGAUUGUCUACAUGGAAAACUCAGGCUCUGAUGCGCAUCUUCAGGAGGCAGUAUUUAAAUGUUUCCUCUCGUGGUUGCGAUCAGGAGAUAUUGCUACCAGCAGCUUGUCCAACAACCCGCUGGUCGCAUUCUCAUUCAAAGCUCUGCAGAUGCCAGAGCUCUUUGACAUUGCAGUCGACGUUGUAUGUGAGCUUAUCUACCAGACGAAGGAUAUCGCAGAAUCCAUGCCUGUGAUCCAGGAGAUCUACCCCAACCUGUUGCCUCUGCGUCAGGAAAUUGCUAAGAACAUGGAGGAUGAUAACGAGGGUAACGUACGUGGGUACUGUAAGAUCUUUGUCGAGGCCGGAGAAUGCUAUCUCUCGCUGGUCGUCAAGCACACGGACCAUUUCAGAGGCAUUGUCGAAGGUAUUGCAGAGUGUACAUCAUACCACGAUCUGGAUAUUGUCCCGAUGACCUUUCGUUUCUGGUAUCAACUGGCGGACGAGCUGCGUAAGAACGAAGAAGCCAGACUGAUGUACCAGGACGUCUAUGCGAAUCUGGUCGAUGUGAUGAUCAAACAUCUGCACUACCCCGAUGAUCUGGAUUCGUGGUCUGCCAAGGAACGAGAUGACUUUAAAGACUUUAGACACGUCAUGGGCGACGUGCUCAAGGAUUGCUGUCUCAUUCUGGGGUCCAGGAUUCCAUUGGGCAAGGCAUACGUGCUCAUCACGCAGGCUGCAAGCAAAUCCCCGGCAAAAUGGCAGGAAGUUGAAGCGCCCCUGAUGGCGCUGCGUUCGAUGGGUGCCCAGGUCGAGCCCGAGGAGAACGAGGUGUUGCCGGAGAUUAUGAAGUUGCUGUCACAGCUGCCAGAUCACCCGAAGAUCAAGUAUGCGGCCACGCUGGUGAUCGCCCGGUACGGAGGCUGGACGGACAAGCACCCUGAGUUCAUCCAGUACCAGCUUAGCUUCAUUUCUUCUGGGUUCGAGGACGAAGACGUGGUUGCGGCAUCGGCUCUCGCCAUGAAGUUGCUUUGCAAGGAGUGCAGUACUCACCUGUUGAACUACCUCAACCAGCUGCAUAUGUUCUUUAUGGGUGUGACCAAGAAGCUGAAAGGCAUGGAUCUGUUGGAGGUGACGGAGGCCGUGGCUCAUGUGGUUGCUGCCGUUCCUCACGCAGAGCUCGCGCAAGUCUUUCAGAUGUUCUGCUUGCCUAUUGCUCAGCAGUUGGCAACAUUAGCCUCCGGAGAUCAGGCUACUCUUGAGAAUAACAUCCCUCUCAUCAUUGACAACAUUUCGCAGCUCAAGAUCUUUUUCGAGACCGUGAACCCACAAGUGGCACCGAGCGAGACUCACCCUUGUAUCUCGAUCGUGCAGGAACUCUGGCCGAUUAUGGAUUCGCUUGCAGACCGUGUUGGCGGCAUUGAUGAUGUAGCGAGACCCUUGGCAGGAUGCUGGCGCUCGAUCAUUAUCAGCUAUAGGACACACUAUGGACCACUCUUACCUGUAACGAUGGCUCGACUGGUCAAGAGCUUUGAGCAGACGGGAUUAGGACAAUAUCUGUGGGUGAGCUCGAGGGUUGUGCGGGAAUUCGGGGAGGCGAACCCGGGCGCUGCACUCCAGUUUUUGGAGGGAUUGAGUGCCUCGAUGUGGCAGAUCCUGCAAAAGUAUUCUGGCCAGUUCAAUGAGAUUCCAGAUGUGGUCGAGGAUUACUUCAAUCUGGUCUCGGAUGCGAUGCUUGUGUGCCCAAGAGAGUACCUGCGCAGUUCGCUCUUCCCAACGGUGUUCGACGCCAUGCUGGCGUCCUUGCAGCUCAAGGAGCAGUAUUCUCUGAUUUCAGUGCUUCGACACGCGAGAAUCAUUGUCGACCACAUGAACGACCUGCAGCACCCACAUCCAUCAUCGGCCUCAUCGCAGGCAAACAGCCCACGGAUCUCAGCUAGCGAGGCGACGAUAGUAAAGGCGCAGUUUGUGAAGCACGACUUGUUCGUGUCCCAUCUGUUGCGAGGCAUUAUUUACACAUUCCCGCCAGAAGUUUAUGGCGAUGCCACGGGACUGAUCAAGGCGCUGACAAUGUUCUGUCCACAGGAGAGUGUUCUCUGGUAUGGCAAGGCGGUCUCGGCACUGGAGUUGACUCCUGCAGAGAUGCAGAAGACCGUAACUGAUUUCACCAAUGCUGCAUCAGAAGGAAACUGGAGCAAGGUCAGGGCGGUGGUGCAGGAUUUCACCACGAUCUACAGACGCAAGAAUGUUCUUCCACGCAGUCGCGGCAAGAAUUAG